AUGAAAAAUGAUAAAGAGUUCUCUAUAAAGGAAACUGUCAAUAAAAACAUUGAACGUGUUUAGUUUCCUGCUUUCAAUCAGCAUAGCAGUUUGCUUGGUUGGUGUUCAAUGAAUUAUCCUCGUGUACUACAGAAUCCAUAAUUUAUGCCUAAACCAAAACCAAAAGAAUAUGAUGACAAUCUUGAUUUCCUUUAUUAGAAACGUAAAAAAGAAUAAUAAAAUAAUCAACUAAUAAAGCCAUUUACAAAUUAUCAGUUAACAAAAGAAGCUGUAAUUCUUGAAGACAUUGGUGCUCCUCCUCCAGGGUUUAAGAAGACUCUUAAGCAAUUAACAACUGCUAAUCCUGAAUCAAAGGCCCUAAUUUACAACUAAACAUAUAAAGACUACGAUCCAUACUUGAAUAUUAAACCAAUCAAUAGUCAAUUCAAAUAAGAAUAGAAUGAAAACUUCACUAGAACCAUUCGUCAGGUUGGCGAUGUUGUGUACAAUUAAACAUAUGAGAAUGAAGACAUAAGACACUUAAAGAAAUUGCCUAAUUCAAUACUUUCUGAGUAGAAUCUAUAGGAAGCCUUAAAUCCUAAGUUAAAAUUCUUGAAUUUGCAUAAUCAUACUUGGUUGAAGAUGGAACAAAUAAGCAAGAUUGGAUACUUUGCUAUCAAUCUUGAAGAGUUAGUCCUAUCUAAUACAGAAUUAGAGGAUGACAUCUUAAUGGAAUUAGCAAAAUCAUGUAGAAAUUUAAAAGUCAUUGAUGUGUCAUCAUGUCCAAAAUUGACUGAAACUGGAAUCAGAAACUUCUUGGAUUACACUUCAAAAUAUUUGCAAGGUUUCAAAUGUGCCAGCAAUUUAUAAUCUAUAACUGAUUAUUCAUUAGAGCCACUAUAAAAUGCUCCCUUUUUAUCGAUAGUGAACAUUUCGUUUUGUAAUAAUCUAACAAGUAAUUUUACUAAAUACCUCCUCUAAAGUGGAUGCAGAUUAAAAGAACUAUAGAUUGCGACAGUAGAAAACUUAUAGGCAGAUUUAUUAUCUGAUCUAAUUUCACGUUCAAAGGUAGAUAUGGAAUAUUUGGACUUGUCCUUUAUUCCUACAAAGGACAUUAGUGAUUCAGUCAUUUCUGCAACUUCCCUUUGUACGAAUAUUCAUACUCUCAUACUCUCAGGAUCAACGAACAUUAGUGAUUCAUCAGUAGGUAGAUUGAGUUCCUUACACAAACUAAAAUAACUUAAAUUGGGAGGAAUCUAAUAUCUCGCUGACAAUACGUUAGUAUAUAUAGCCUAAUCAUGCAAUAAACUUGAGAUGCUUGAACUUAACAAUUGUAGCAAGUUGGGAGAAUAAGGAUUGGAAGGGAUCCUCAAAGCAUUGCCUCAUCUACAGGUCAUUUCUAUUAAUUUCACUCCUGAAAUUUAAGAUCCCUUUUUGUAAGAAAAAAGAAAUGAGUAUCCAAAAGUAAACAUUAUUCGCACAAUAAAUAAAAUGACAGAUCCCAAGGAUGAUGGAUUAAGAAUGCCUCUUCCAUUAGAAAGUGUGGUUAUGUAGAGACCUAAAAAGAAAAAGAAGAAGUGA